ACUGAAGGGGUGGUAGAAGAACACAGCCAAUGACAAGACAGAAAAGGCUGACUCAUGAGCGGUUAGAGCGGUUCUUUUCACAAAAGGUCCCAAAUGCCAAAGAGCACGCAAAAACAAACGAUUUUUCUCAAAGGGAAGGAAAGGAGAAAGAACAAAACGCUAUCUUUACUGAUUACUCUGGUGCGGCUAACCUUCUCUCAGGAACAGCCCUGGUUUUGGGGGGAGGGCGAGAGAGAGGCCUGACUGAGACCCACAGCGAGACCUUCCCACCUGUGAGAAGGACAGGAGCCAAAGAAGACGCUUUAGUUUGGACAACAGCACUCCCUCGACCACUUUAAACUAGACAUAAUCGGACCAUCCUCCUUAAUAAUUCAUUGCUUAUCUGCAAGAGCAUUCUGGAGGAUCAUACAACAUUGGAGCUAGGCUGAAAAUCAAAGCUCUGAUACAACAAUCCUUGAGAAAUAGAGUUUUUUUUGAAGGAGGGAGGGAAUAUCCACUAGGAGAGUCACAUAGACACGAGCUGCUGGAAUAUGAAGUCUCUUCCAAAGAACCAGGGACGAACCGAUGAGAUUUUGGGUGCUAUGGCGGAUAUGCUGACAUCUCUGGCGAUGCCCAAUCAGAAGUGGAAUUCAGAGAAUAUUGAGCACCUGAGUGUGAAACCGGAGCGGAAGACAGGACAGCGGCCCCCAUGGGACACAGAGGGACUGAACUGGGAGGACAUGUCCCGGGACAGCCUGGAAAGAGUACGAAGACGAGACAGAGCAAACUCAUACUCAGCCGCUGGCAGUGAGGGCAGUAUCUCCACCUCGGUGGCCUCUCUGCCGCCCCAGGCUUCGGGCAGUUCGGCCCCAAACUCCCCAGGCUCCCGUCGCUCUGUCAGCACCCUGAAGAAGUGGCUGACAAAUCCAGUGCGUAAGCUGAGCGCUGGGGCAGCAGGAAGUGCCAAAGGGGAGCGGCAGGUCCGCAGAUUGGAGGGCAAACCCCCGCCCCCACCCACCAGGAGCAGCCAAGAACUGGGAAGCCCACAGUCAACAGAGGAGCAGUUCACUAUCCUGACAGGCAUAGACAAAGAGCUGGAGUGGAAAGAUGGACUGCCUGCUCUUGGCGACUGUGAUCCAGGUCUCCUGCAGUCCUACAGCUUCCAAUCGGACUCUCCACAGGGAUCCACAACACUAGGACAUACACAGAUCAGCCAAUGUACCAGCCAACAAGCUGACGACAAUGGCUCGGUUUUGAUGGAUGACAACUCCAGCCAAUCAUCAGCCUGCGCAGACACUGAAGAAGAUCGGAAGAGUGCCUUAGAAAAAAGCAUGUAUGUUCUGAAAGAAUUAAUAGAGACAGAAAAGCUGUAUGUCGCCGAUCUAGGACUUAUUGUGGAGGGCUACAUGGCCACUAUGAAUGCGAAAGGAAUUCCAGAAGACAUGAAGGGAAAAGACAAAAUAGUGUUCGGGAAUAUUCAUCAGAUCUACGACUGGCAUAAAGAUUAUUUCCUGGCUGAGCUGGAGAAAUGUGUGGCCGAGCCUGAACGACUGGCCCAACUUUUUAUCAAACAUGAAAGACGGCUUCACAUGUAUGUGGUGUAUUGCCAGAACAAACCUAAAUCUGAGCACAUCGUAUCAGAAUACAUCGAGACCUACUUUGAGGAGCUCAAACAGCAGCUGGGUCACAGACUGCAGCUCAAUGACCUGCUCAUCAAACCAGUGCAGAGGAUCAUGAAGUACCAGCUGUUGCUGAAGGACUUCCUCAAGUACUACACAAAGGCUGGGAUGGACACAGAAGAGCUAGAGAAAGCAGUGGAGGUGAUGUGUUUUGUUCCGAAGCGCUGCAAUGACAUGAUGAACGUGGGUCGGCUGCAGGGCUUUGAGGGGAAGAUCACAGCACAAGGAAAACUUCUCCAGCAAGACACAUUUACAAUCACUGAACAGGACAGCAGCAUCCUGUCUCGCGCUAAAGAGAGACGGGUCUUCCUGUUUGAACAACUUGUCAUCUUUAGCGAGCCAAUCGACAGGAAGAAAGGAUUUUCUCUACCUGGCUACAUUUUUAAGAACAGCAUUAAGAUAAGUUGUCUGGGUGUGGAGGCUUGUGUAGAUGGUGACCCGAAUCGUUUUGCCCUGACGUCCCGGGGGGCCGAUGGCAGCACAGUGCGAUAUGUUUUGUACUCUUCAUCGGCGGAUAUCUGCAUGGCUUGGGUCAGUGACGUGAGCCAAAUACUGGAGACCCAACGCAAUUUCCUUAAUGCCCUGCAGUCGCCUAUAGAGUACCAGAGAAGAGAGAGCAAGAGCAACAGUUUGGGCCGCAGCAUGAAGCCUCCUCUGUCAGCAGUGGUUGGUCUGAGGCCUCACUCCUCAGCGUCCAUCGACCGUCAUAAACUGCCCUGUCUGCGCUCCUGUAACACAUCAUUGCCCUCUCUAUAUCUGCCCAGCCAGGUCCCCACUGACGACCACUCACAGCCAGAGUCAACACCAAUAGACUCCAGACUGAAUUCCCAGACAGUGUCUCCAACUCAUGUGCAGCUGGCCUUCUCUGAAGAGCCAUCUUUCUCCCAGGCACCACUAAACUGCCAGGCGGUCUCCAACGGGCUGUAUUCCUCCAGCACACAAGGCUCACAGAUCUCAGGUGAGGGUGGACGCAGAGUUUCCCAGAGAGAGGGCCGCAUGUCUGUUCCCAGUCCCUCCUCCACUCUCCAGCGCUCCAGUAAUUUGGCCCAGCUCGACGAGGACGACCUGUGAACGGAGAUCACCCUCAGUCUGAUGUUUGCACCACAGCAUGCCACAGUCUGAACUUUACUCACGUCUGUUAUCUUGUGGUAUUCUUCCUAAACCUGUGACGCAAAUUACCUAGUGACUUUUUAAAUUGUUUUACAUGAUUUCUUUUUAUUAUUAUUAUUAUUAUUAAGUUGUGUUUCGUUCAAAGGAGAAUCAACCAUUCCUAUAUUGGGAGGUCACUGGAGCAGGAACCAGAGUAAACCUUUAUUUGAGGGUGCGAGGAUGUGUUUGAACAAGCGUGCAUGUAUGUACGUAUGUAUGUGUGUGUGUUUGAGUGUGUGUGUGUGUGUGUUUGUGCGCUUCAUCCUUGCAAACAUGCUGAACAAUUCCCAUCAGAUGUGUUUUGCUGAGAACAUACUGUAUUAUUUUGAACAUAAGAGGGUCUUUUGGGGGCCCACGCUGGAUUUUAAAGGUUUCGCACUAUUGGUGCCUCUUUACAGACGCUGUCUUUCUAUCUCCCGUCUAUAUUGAAUGCUCUUGCGUGAAGUCACUCUUAUGAAGGAGCUAAGGGGAAACAGACUGUAAAUGCAGCUAAUUUGUAUAUACCGUAUGUAGAGGAACCAUCUGCGCAUGGAGACAUGGACACUCGGCUUUCUCUUCGCUGUUUGGGUGUUCGGAUUGCCUACGGUUGAUCGGUUCCGAUUUAGUAGACUUUGAAUGACGGAGCUUCUUGUUCACACUUCACAAACACAUGUGAACAUGAGAGAUCACACAAUGAGCUUCGGCAGGACUCCAUCAAGGGACUCUUUUAGCUUCUGCCGUCCCUUCCUUGUGCAAUGCAUUUACAGUUACUCUGCAGGUCGAGGCAUAUGUAAUGAGGUUUCUAAAUUGUUAGAUGAUAAUCAUUUAUUAGAGAUUGAAGGGUUAGUUCGUUCCUGAAUGAAUUCUGCCAUCAUUUGCUAAACAUUAAGAAAUGUGUGUUUUGCUUCAGAAUGCAGGUUUUUGGUUCGCAUCUUAUUUGAAGGUACAAUUCUCGCUAUUAACAAACCAUUAACUAAGACUUUUAGAUAAAUAAAGUAUUAAUUUGCUGAUUGUUUCGUGAGGCAGUAGUUAGAAUUAGGUUUUGGGUAGGAUAAUGCAGAGUUCAGACUGCAUGAUUUUCAAAGUAGUCGUGUCACAGAUGUUUUCAAACUGCAUGACUAUCUGGGAUAGUGUUCUGUCUGUGCUGUGUUUACACUGCAAGAUAGAUUAGUGACAGAGGGUUUCACACUGCAUGACUUAAAAAUAGGAAGAAUUGCCGACAACAUUGCACAAACUACAUGUCACAACCUAUCACACUCGAUAAGUGACAUGGAAACAACACAAGGUUGCAUAGUAUAUCUAUUGUUAUUAACCACAUAAUGAAAAAGAAGCCUUUAGGGGAGUAGAAAAUGUACUUAUUUUGCUCACCUGGGUUUGAAGGGAAUUAGCAAUUUCUCCUCAACCUUUUUUCUUUUUUGACCCAGUUGUGGUAUUGCUCAGAUGACACGUCGAACAGACACAGCUGCCAAUUAUUUACUUGCUUUUCCUCCAUUUCUUGGGUCCAAAUAAACUGAAAAUGAUCGCUUUAAACUUCAUCCCAACUUCCCGCUGUCCUGCAGAUACCCAUACUAGUGAAUGCUGCUCUCUCAUUGGCUGUAGGUAGAGCAAUGUUAUUUUCAACCAGAACACAUUUCACACGGCAUGACUUUGAAUAGCCGACAGGUCCAGAUUUUUAUCAUACCAAAUAUCUUGUGUAUGCUGACGAAAAGUAAAAAACAAAAAAGUUGAGGAGAAAUUGCUAAUUCCCUUCGAAAGCCAGGCGAGCAACAUACUGUAAGUACAUUUCUUCCUUUUUUAAAGUCAUGCAGUGUGAAAUCUUCUGUCGCCGAUUCAUCCUACAGUGUAAACACUGCACCGACAGAACAUUAACCCAGAUAGUCAUGCAGUGUGAAAACAUCCAUGACAUGACUACUUUGAGAAUCAUGCAGUAUGAACUCGGCAUUAGGGAUACUUUAAAAGUAUUAAUUAACAGACAAUAUCUUAACUAGUACAUUGUUAAAAAAAAAUCGUGCUGCCUAAAAUUCUUUAUUUGAAGCAAAUGAGCUUUUCUAGUCAUCUUAACUCAACAUCAGUCAAACUGACCAAAAUACUUAAUUUAACUAAAUAUAACUACAAAUAUUUAGUUGCAACCUGAUUAAAAUUAGUUUAAGUAGCUUUAAAAUAUUUGAUGUUAUGACAUAUACAGUUGAAGUCAGAAUUAUUAGUCCCCCUGAAUUAUGAGCCCCCAUUUUUUUUUCCCAAUUUCUGUUUAACAGAGAGAAGAUUAUUUUUCAACACAUUUCUAAACAUAAUUGUUAAUAACUCAUUUCUAAUAACUGAUUUAUUUUUUCUUUGCCAUCAUGACAGUGCGCUAAUAUUUUACUAGAUAUUUUUCAAGACACUUCUAUACAGCUUAAAGUGACCUUUAAAGGCUUAACUAGGUUAACUAAGCAGGUUAGGGUAAUUAGACAAGUUAUUGUAUAACGAUGGUUUGUUCUGUAGACUAUCAAAAAAAUAUAUAGCUUAAAGGGGCUAAUAAUUUUCACCUUAAAAUAGUUUUUUAAAAUGUUUUAUUUGCUUUUAUUCUAGCCAAAAUAAACCAAAUAAGACUUUCUCCAUAAGAAAAAAAUCAUUUGGGAAAUAUAUAUAUAUAAAAUCAAAGUGGCGCUAAUAAUUCUGACUGUAUUUUUUUGUGUAUCUAAAUAGUGGGAAUUGGUGCUUAUAAAAUAUGAUCUUAUUCUACAUCUCUAAUCCUGUCCAAUACCUAAUCCCAACUACAACAAUAGUGGGAAUUGGUACUUGAUCUAAAGUAAACCAAUUUGUUUUUUAUAAAAUCAGAAAGAUUUCUGUUCCUCCAUUAAAUGGUCUGUUCACCCAAUACUCUGAUGCUUCAAAAUGAGCUUUAUUCAAGCAUUCUGAAGAGACGGAAUCACCUUAUAGGAUAAACUGAUUACAUUUGAUCACUUAUAAACACUGAUCAGUGAACAUUCUUCAAGAACAUACCUGAUUGGUUUUUGUACAAACCUCAUUGGUUUGUAAAUGUGCCAUGUGACAGUCAAGACUUAAUCUCAUAGGUUCUCACACAUCAAGCAAGCACACUUGAGUUUCUGUAACCAAAUUCGGUCUCUUAUAUGUGAAUUAAAGGCCAAAUUGAGAACAAAGUAAGCAUGUCUCUUCAGAAAACUUAAAUUAAACCUCCCAAAUUAAUGUGAAUUUUUAUGAACGUUUUAAGGCAUCAACAAACUUUAAAAAGAGUGACAGGAAUCUCUCAGACCUAAUUAAAAAUAUUGCAGAUUAACAAAUCUCUUAUGGGGUGGAACUGAAGAAAUGAUGAUCAAUUUUUUUUAUGGAAAACUAACCCUAUUAUUAUUAAUAUUAUUAUUUUGUUAUUCUUGUAUAACUUAAUGAAGGCCAAAGGUAAAAUUAUAGAUUAUUAUGUGCCAAAAGCAGGUGCCAGUACCACUUACAGAAAAUAGGUCAACAUUAAACCUAAAAUGUAAUUCAUUUUGUUUAUAGAUCUUUUUUUUUUUUAAUGUUGAAAAUGUUUUCUCUUUUUUCUAAAUGUUUUAACCAAAUGUAUUGGAUAUUGUGUUUUUUGUUGCUUUAUUGUUCUUUUUAAAGCGUAAUAUUUGUUUAUGAUGAACCAAAACGUUAGUUAGAAACAGGGCCGACAUUGUUCAUUGAGUCUGAAACAUACAGUUUGUCACAUUUUGACGCCUCACCAAAGAAGGGAUGGUAUGUGUUUGGAAUUCGAUGUUGAAGCAUGAUCAAAAAGCACUUUCACUCCAUUCAGCUUAUUGCACAUUGUUUCCAAUAGAGGGUGCCAGAGGACUGUAGCGCUGUAUACACAACAAUCCGAACGGUUUAAAACUACAAUUGAAAAACUGCACCAAAGCGCAUACGCUUUACUGUCGGCAUGUUUCAGAUGCAUUUGCAUAAAUAUCCUUGAAAUGAUUGUAACAACCUUCUUUUGCCUUGAUGUAAUACUGAAAUCAGCAGAAAUCCAAUAAUUUGACAUUAGCCCUGUAUAGACUAAAAGCUUUCCUGUACUGCCUUUCCACAAACGUGGGUUUGAAUCUUACAUUGUUGCAUGCAAUUUUGAAGAACACCUCUAAAUGAUGAAAGGAAGUGAUGUAGAGAAAGAGUUGGACAUGAUAAUGUCUAUGUGACAAAACCUAUCAUUGUAUUAUAUCAAAUUAAAAUGGUUCCUUUUGGAACACAAGGGUGUUUUGGAACACACAA